AUGUCUGACCUUGAGAGACCAAUAGCUCCAGCAGGAGUCGAAGAUGGGAUCCCAGAGAUCCCUGCACUGAAAGAAACUGUCAACAAGAUACGAGAAUACCGAGACAUUAUGAAAGAUAGAAUGGCUUCAUACUCAUACCCCCUGCAUCCGUGGCAAGAUCGUGAUCAUGGCUGGGAAUCACAACUUCGUGUCUUUCACUUUGACAACGAAAAUUUGAGGUCCGAAUCUCCUCGUCUGGACCGUAGCAACGAUCCCCAGCAGCUCUGGCUGGAUAUCGAACAGGCUUUAGAGAAGAAGCCCUCUCAGAACUCUCCGCGAAGUUUAAUCCUUAUGGAAGGCAUGGACGCCAGGAUAGCUGAGGCUCUGAGUGUCAAGCUUGACAUACCUCAUGAGUUCUGGACAGCCCACUAUUUCCCAGAAUCACGGCUCAGGCUCAUCAACCCGUCAGGCUUUGACUCUACAGACUCUACAUACUGGAAAAUCAAAGCUCCCUCGCAACUUUCGAUUGUAUGGAACGAGAUGCUUGAUGAGCCUGAAAACUGGUGCUUUGACUCUUACAAUGGCAGCUGUCCUCGCACCGGUGAGUUGGUGCUAUCCUCAGAGACUGAGUUCGUUGACACGAACCUUUUUAUUUCAUUUUUGGGUAAAUACACUCCAGACGGGUGGAUAGCGCUCGUCUUAAUGGAUAUGCCUAACGGGUGUCUUCUUCCUCGACAUGAGCCAGAUCCUGUACUACCAAGUCCAUACGGCCUAGAAAAGGUUGAUGAGAGUCAAAUCGCGAUAUCUGAUUGGGCCUGUUACGUGAUAUCAGAGUUCAAGAGUUCAAUCAACCGACAAGUUUCUCCGGCUCGACUCUCACUAUGGGACGUGGCUGUGCAGGCAUACGAAAAUGAGAAGAUCAUUACUACUGAUGACCCUUUUUCCGCGACUCUCAUAAUACGCAACUUUGUCUUCUGGAAAUGGGAAGAUCAAAUCAGUUACGAAUGGAAUCUCAGUCAGACGGUAUGGACAUCGCCACUGGUAGAAGCACAAAAGGCGCUGGACAUCAAAAGCCCCAACCUCCUGAUUGAGCGAAGUCGAACAAUCGCUGCGGAUUACCAGAAACUCCGACACUCGCGUCAGCGUCUGCAAGAAGCGGCAUUCCUAGUCCAGCAAAUCCAUGAGGCUUUUCGCUGCGAUGAUGCCCACUACCUGGCCUCACAGACUAUCGAGAGACUUCGCAUCCAAAUAUCACAAGAGUCACGACGCUGGAGCCAACUUCAAAAUCACAUGAAGGUUCUGGACGAGCUAAUUUCUGGUAACAUGACCAUGUAUGCACAGCGAGCGGCAAUGGACGAAGCAUUCGCAACAAGGAUCCAAGCAUACGAUUCUUACACGCAGACAAAAGCCGCCAACGAGCAGGCGGCAGCAGCGAAUCGUACAGCUAGAAGCUCUGGCCAGCUCGCAAAGAUCGCGACAGUUGCUGUGCCGUGCACUGUUGCGGCAUCUAUCCUAUCCAUGAAUGGUGACUUUGCAGCUGGUGAACCUCUUUUCUAUGUCUAUUGGUGCGUCGCCAUGCCACUCACUGUUGUCUUGUUGGGUUGGGUCGUGCAGAAGGAUGUUCAGGCUUGGAGAGAUAAGCUGAUUAAGAAGGCGAAAAGUGAGAGGGGCGAGAAGGAUGUCGAGAGUAGCAGAAACAGUGGUUAUUACUCGGACUGA